AACAAAAAAGGUCAAAUUUAAGAGAGGGAAAAAGGCCAACGUGGAGCGGCAGUGGGAGAGCGAAAGUAAGAAAAAAACACUUACUUGCCGGAUCUCUGAUACACCGUAGCUUGGUCCUCGGCCACUCCUCAACCCUCUAACGGACGACAGCCGCACCUCCCCGGGCGGAUCGGAGGCAGUCCUUCAGCUCCUGGCGUACGGAACGCCUGCUGCAUUCUCGGGGAACAGUAGGGGUCUCCCUCGCCCCUGGCAGCAGUUCUCCCACUCCAAGCGGUUGGCAGUGAGCCCCUCCCUGCUCGCGGUAGGCGUGCUCAUUACCAGCGGCUGGUAGGGGCCUCCUCCACCCCUGGCAGUGGCCCUGAUCGCUCCAGGCAGACGGUUAGGAGCCUCUUCUCCCCUCGCGGUCGGAUGUCCCACCGCUUCCAUGCUCCGUUGGGGUGGAUUGUAGUGGCGAGAACUCUACUACGGCGUUAUCCCUCCUCCUUCCUGGGAUUCAGCACCAGUGUAAAGCGGGUUAAGGGAAAGGAGGUGUCGAGAACCGGCUUGACAAUAUAAAUCGAUCUCUCGCUCCCUCGCACCGUCCGCAGUCGGCCUUUAUUCCUCUCUGAGGCUUGAUUAGCCUGAUAAGGGACUGCGUGUGUAGAAUCACGACCCGACCCCGCAGUUGCUAACACUGUUGUACAUUACAGAGAAAUACUAAACCAUAGUAAUGAGCCUUUAAAAUACACAUUUUACAAGUGCACGCACGAAGCGAGUCGCAGCGACACCGGCAAAAGCGGUAAUGAUCCUGAAUGUGUCGGGAAAACCAGCAAGAGACUGUCUGAACAUUUAGUUCAUUUAGAUGAUGAUCUCGGGAUCAAUGAUGGUCAGAGUGAUCGCCAAUAGCUGAUGCCUUUGAUGAUGUCAAGAUGAUAUGUGGCUGUUUUCCCAUUAAAGUAUUAAAUCAUUAUUAUUAUUAUUAGACUAUUAUUAUUAGUCUAAUGACGGAGUGGUGAUGGCGUAGUGGGCUAAAGCACAUAACUGUUAAUCAGAAGGUUGCUGGUUUGAUCCCCACAGCCACCACCAUUGUGUCCUUGAGUAAGACACUUAACUCCAGGUUGCUCCGGGGGGAUUGUCCCUGUAAUAAGUGCACUGUAUAAUACAUUGGUACUCAGAAGGUUGCUGGUUUGAUCCCCACAGUCACCACCAUUGUGUCCUUGAGUAAGGCACUUAACUCCAGGUUGCUCCGGGGGGAUUGUCCCUGUAAUAAGGGCUCUGUAAGUCGCUUUGGAUAAAAGCAUCUGCCAAAUGCAUACAUGUAAAUGUAAAUUAUUAUCAACAUAAUAUUACAAAUCAUUUGCAAUGUGGAACACGUGCAUGUAAAAGGUCUUCACUCUUUCUUUGUUUCUGUCUUCUUCUUUUUGUUGUUGUUGCUGUAAAUGACCUCAGACGUCUCAGUUCAGGAGGUGUUUUGAGUUCAGUUCACUUUAUUUCCACAGAACAGUUCAUUGUGAACGCAACUCUGCAGCCUAUGUUUGAUUAAGGGUGUGUUCACACUUGUAGUUCUUGGUCCUCUUGGUCCCGACCAAAAAUGAAAAUGAUACAGUCCUGGUUCAUGUAGCGUUCACACGUCAUUUUUAACACCGAACCUGACGAUACAAAACCAAAGGCAUCAGGGAAAAGUCACGACCUGAUUGGACAGCUUUUAUGACGUAUAUUUUUGACGGAAAUUACCGAACAUAAUAAACAAUAAAAUGUGUAAAGGAGUCACAACAGUGGCAGGAAUUCCUCCGUUGCACACACAGAUGAAGAUACGCUGUGAGGACGUCUGAUGGGCGGUUCCGACGCCUGUCCCGAACUGUAAUGGGCAACAUCGCUCCUAUGAUGAGAAGAACCAGGUGUGCUUGAGGUCAGUAUUAGGCAAAUUACUUCCUGUUUUUGGUCCAUUUAGACGUCUUUGGUCCAUGUUGCGUUCAUAUGUUAAUCGAAUCGCACCAGAGUACGUUUGAAGUGGACUGAGACCCACUAUUCAUGCGGUCUCGCUCCGCUUGUUUAGUGCGCAGCACGGUUCAGAUGAAGCGUUCACACUUGUUCAAAUGACCCACCAGAGUUCGUUUUAAUGGAAACAAACCUGCCAAGUGUGAACACACCCUAAAACAUAAAAUACAAAAACAUGUUCACCUCCAACCGUGAUUAUUAUCAUCAUUAUAUUGAUUAUUUCUAUGUCCAAGUAAUUUUCCGCCUGCAUUUUCAAUGCAAAAUCACUAAAGCAGGAAUAUUCACCGAUCAUUGGACAAAAUCUAAUAAUGAUCAACUAUGAAAAAACAACAAAUAGUUAUACUUACACAUACUAUUAUGAAUAUUCAAGUAAAUAUGCUCAUGUUUUAAGUUUGGCUUAAAUAUCAUUUCAUCAUUGUCUAUAUUUGCAUGUUUUACACACAAAGGAAUGUUUUAGAAAGAAUGAAAUAACUCUAAAUAAAAAAUAAGUCCUUCCAAAAAACAGAAAUGUUUGUUUUGUGACCGUGAAGUUGUGCUACGAAGAGUGCAGAAUUGAAUGUAAAACGUGUUUCCACAAUAAUACUUGAACAACAAAGGGAAAAUGAGAAAAAAAGAAGUCAAUAUAUGAUGCAAGAUUAAAAUAAUUAGAGGGGGAAGGAGGGGAGAGAGAGGUUGUGACAGAGGAAAUGAUGGUGUCAUGACUGCUGAACUACCUGUGUAACGGACAGAGACAGUUUGUGCAUGAGACGAGAGGAGAGCGUUCAACAGAGAUGACUGAGCAGCGUUUACAAACUAUGUCCAACAGUCCACCUUCCUCCAUCUGUAUGUUUACCCCCCAAAAUGCGUCCUCCAUCUCUUCGGUCGUCACCUCCGACUCCAGCGGUCUGGGACUCAGUCAGAUGUCUCAGAUGGACGGGGGUCUGUAUGGCCAGUCGACGGGCCUUCAAGGGUUUCCCAAGACACAAGACAACCGAAGCAUGGAGCAAAUGAUGGGAUUGACCUACCCGCCCUAUUCGACCUGUCUGACCUCCACAAACACAGACAGAGCAUCGCAACAGAAUCAACAGGAUUUUUCACAGUUUCUUCUCCCCCCUCCGGUGUCCACCCUCCGGCUGCCCGGUCAGAAAAGGGGCCUGAGCAAAGACAGCAUCGAAUACCGCCUGCGCAGAGAGCGCAACAACAUCGCCGUGCGGAAGAGUCGCGACAAAGCCCGCCGUCGUGUGCAGCUCACCCAGCAGAGGGUGCUGCAGCUCCAGGACGAGAAUCACCGACUGCAGCUGCACAUACAGCGUCUGUCACAGGAGGUGGACGCGCUCAGACACUAUCUAUCACAGCGCCACCUACAGGUCAAAGAGCAGGACAUGGCCGGAGAAGACAACUGCUGAAUGCCUUUGGAAACUGGAGGUUUUUUAGAUCAUGAUAAAAUGAUGCUUCCAUCAAUUGUGUGAUUUUUGUCUAAGUUGAUAUGAUUUGGUACAUGUAAUUUCCCAUUGUUGGCACAGUUGAGUCAUUUGACAAAUCUCAGCUAGUUGCACAAAUCUACAAAAGCAGGGAAUCCUUUAUUUUGGAUUUGUUUGUCACAGUUAACAUUGAGUUAUAUAUUACAGCCAAUAUGGAAGCCAUUGUAGUUUUGGAGAUAAAAUGUGAGUUUUAUAUUAAAUAAAUCUUUAAACCUUGUAAAUAACGUAAGCCUUUUCCUGGUGCUUUUUAAAUACGGGGGCAUGCUAAUAAGGGGCUAGUUGUCACACCUUUUAUACGUAUAGCCUACUAGUAUUAUAGCAUAAAUAUUAUAUAUAAUAUAAUCAAUAUUUCCUAUUUUUUAUGUUCAUGCAUUCAAACAUAAGCUAUUAAACUGUAUUGACAAAACAUGCCGGAUACAUGAAGAAAAAAACUUGUUUCUGGUUUUAAGCACAAAUUUUGUUCGAUUUAGCUGAAAUUAAUAUUUUAUGUCAUUCUGGCUUCUGAAGUCAUUUUUGUCUCGUUUUAUGGAUGUUUGGAUAUUUUAACCUAGAAUAUAAGACAAUAUUUUGCAGUGUACUUUUUAUUUUGCUGUUACUGUCCACAAAAACAUGCAUGUAAUCACACUAUAUGGGGCAAGUUGUCACAAUUAUAAACUUCUCUUUAUUGGCACUGAUUGUUGAAAAAAAGCUUUCAAAUAUUAAAUACUAACUAUAGAAUAAAUAAAUAAAAUAAAUACAUAAAUGUGACAAGUUACCCUGUCUGGAGGACGAAACCUGCAAAAACAAUCAAUAAAUAAAUCUGCAUAUUCAUGCAUUAAUUAAUAUAUCAAUAAUUAAAUGUGUGAGGAGAUUUACAAAUAAAGAAAUUAAUGCACAAUCAAUGCAAAAGUGAUACAAUAUGAAAUAUAAA